AGGCAAUUAUCUGUCGCAGGAAACAUCUGGACAUAAUCUCAUGGGCACUAGCGACAUGCGUGCGCUGGGAAUUAUAUAAAUUACAACAUUCAGAAGAGUGGCUCAGUCAAGAUUCAAAUCCGUGUUAUAACAUUCUUCAAUCACACAUCACAAGUGUAAGAACCAUGUUCGCCUACGCCUUGUUGAUCUGCUUGCCAAUGUUGGCAUUCGGCCAAGAUUUUUUGGCCAACCAAGAGUUCAACAGAUUUGAUGUUGAUGGUGAUGGUAACAUUGAGCCCAGAGAAGUCCAACAGUACUUCAGACGCUUUGACGCCGACGGUGACGGCAGAAUCUCCAGACAGGAGUACAGAGAUGAGGUAGACACCCACCAUAUCAACUUCCCAGAGGCCCACCGCGCUCUCCUCCGUCUCUUCGAUGAGAUUGACUACGACAACGACAACCAUCUUGACCAGUCCGACUACAACACUCUUUUCAACAACGCUGAUGCCAACCAGAAUGACCUCGUCAGCCACAACGAGUUUGUCACUUACUUCCACCAACUUACUGGAGGACCAGUCCUUGGUUAAAGUCUUUGGUUCAAGUCCUUGGUUAAAGUCUUUGGUUAAAGUACAAGACAUUUCGCCACCGUUUCCGUUUGUUUUUUUCUACAAUGUAUAUAAACAUAUCAAAGCAAUUAAAUUAAUUUGCUACUUAAA